AUGAGAGCUGUAUGCUUGGUAGCCCGAUCAGUCUUGCUUACACCUUCCAACAUCUUCACAACAUCUACCAUAGCCGGUCUCUUCUGCGGGUCUUCCUCCACACACUUCAACGCCAGCAGCAGCACCUUCCACAUCUCGAUCAGCUCCCCCGCCACAUUUGUUGGUAUGAAAUGGAAAACGAUGAGAGUCCCCUCGUCUCGAAACACGCUUAAAACCCUCUUCACGAGCUGCUCCGGAUGGGCACUACUACCCUUGAUAUUGAAGGGAGAUGGUAUCAUGAGGAGCUCCAACAGCAGAACCCCGAACACAUCGGAUGCCCACGAAACGAUCCCGUGGUGCUCAGCCUCGGGGCAUCGGUACCCACCGGUAGAAAUCGCAAGGCGUAGGGCCGAUGACGAGGCCAAGUCAUUUAAUAAGGAGCCGGAAAAAUCUUCCAAGGGAUGCGUACUGGUUGUAGGUUUCGCAUGCGCAAGGGCAAUCGCUUUUGCGACGAUGGUCGCGAUCUUGAGACGAGACUCCCAAUUCAUUAGGAUCGUGCUUUCAUCUCUCGUCUCCUCCAUGUACCAAGUCACGAGUUUUUGGGAGUUGUACUCAACCGCAUGGUACAAACGGGAAGAACUAAUGUUGAGCAAGAAAGAGUGGGCGCAAUAACUUGAGGUUAGGGAGAGGGAGAUAAUGCUGAGGUCAGUUGAGUCCGCAUGGCAAAGUUGCCAGAGCUGUUCUCGGCGCAGUGUGGCCAACACGAGCCUCUCCCAGUUGUCGUAGAUGGACCGAGCAGACAUCGCUCAAGUUUCAACUUAUUUAUAGUUAUAGAUUAAAUGAGAUGUCUUACCGAGUUCAAAUGCCCCAAACUUGUGUCAGGAGAAUGAAUAACAACGAAAAUAUCUAGCUUUACAUGGAGCAACCAGCUUAAAAAAGGUACGAGUUGAACACGGGGAGUUCCUUUUCAAUUUGUUUAUCUCCUAGUCAAAUUACACGGUAUGUUCUGUUUUAGGCUGCUAAAGAAGACCAAGACUGAUAGUCAACA